AGGAAAAUUCAAAAUGCCGCAUUUUGAUGUUUCAUUACCAAAAGUUAGUCUCCCACAAGGUGAUGCCAAUGUGGAAGGACCAAAUGUGAAAGGAAAAACUGAAAUGCCAGGUGUUGAUAUUUCACUUCCAAAAGGAAAAGCAGAUGUGGAUAUUGACAUUGAUGGGCACAGUGGUAAAGGAGACAAGUUUCACAUGCCAUCAGUUGAUAUCUCUCUUCCUAAAAUCAAAACAAAGGGAGCUGAUGUUGAUAUUCAAGGACCUGAUAUCGAAGGUGACAUGUCACUCCCUAAAAUUAAGACUCCAGAGAUAGAUAUCAGUCUUAAGGGUCCUGAUGUCAAAGGGGGAAAGUGGAACUUGCCAUCUGUUGACAUUUCACUCCCCAAAGUAAAGGCUGAAGGUGACCUUGAUGUUGAGGGUCCUGAGGUGAAGGGGGGUAAAAUUAAAAUGCCAAAAUUUAAUGUGUCUUUACCAAAAGUGAGUCUCCCAGAGGAUGAUGUCAAAAUAAGAGGCCCAGACAUCAAGGGAGGGAAGAUUGAGAUUCCAGAUAUUGACUUGUCGCUCCCAAAAGGAAAAGGAGAUGGUGACUUCAGUGUUGAGGGUCCUGAGAUAAAAGGAGGCAAAUUCAAAAUGCCCAAAUUUGAUGUUUCACUUCCAAAGAUGAACCUACCAGAAGGUAAUGUGGACAUACCAACAGUUGAUAUUUCACUCCCAAAAGGAAAGGUAAAAGGAGAUGUUGACAUUGAGGGACACGGUGGCAAAGGAGCCAAGUUACACAUGCCCUCAGUUAAUAUCUCUCUUCCUAAAACAAAAGCAAAGGGAAUUGAUGUUGAUAUUGAAGGACCUGAAAUUAAAGGUGACAUUUCACUCCCCAAAGGAAAAGUUGAGGGUGACCUUGAUGUUGAGGUACCUGAGGUGAAGGGAGGUAAAUUUAAAAUGCCGAAAUUUGAUGUCUCAUUGCCAAAAGUGAGUCUACCAGAGGGUGAUAUCAAAAUAAAAAGCCCAGACAUGAAGGGAGGAAAAACUGAAAUGCCAGACAUUGAUAUUUCACUCCCUAAAGGAAAAGCAAGAGGAGAAAUUGGAAUUGAGGGACAUGUUGGCAAAGGAGGCAAGUUCCAUAUGCCCUCUGUUGAUAUCGCUCUUCCUAAAAUGAAAGCAAAGGGACCUCAGAUAAAUAUCGAAGGCCCAGAGGUUAAAGGCGGCAAGCUAAACAUGCCAUCAGUUGAUAUUUCUUUGCCCCAAAUAAAAUCUCCCGAUGUAGACAUCAGCCUCAAAGGUCCCGGUGUUAAAGGAGGAGAGGUCAACAUCCCUACUGUUGACAUUUUACUUCCUAAAGGAAAAGUUGAGG